AGGGUUUCUCCACUCCGAAUGAUCGUGUCUCUAGACAAAAAUAUUUAUAGACCUGGUUGGUCUCUUGGCUUCCUCUCUUUGUCCAACGUAGAAGAGACAAUGGAACCCCUCUACCAGGCUGGGUCCAUUCUCAUGACAGUGAAUACCCUACAGGGGAAGAAAAUGGUAGAGAGUGGCCUCCAGUCUGGAGACUUUUCCUUGUCCCAGUCAUGGCCCUCCUGCCUCCCACCACCCGCUGACUUGGAGAUCCUGCAGCAGAAGGUGGCUGGGGUGCAACGGGAACUGGAGGACUUUAAGAAAGAGGCAUUGAAGUCCAUUCAUUACCUUGAAGACGCCUUCUGCGAGAUGAAUGGAGCCCUGGUGCAACAGGAGGAGCAGGCGGCUCGCGUGAGGCAGCGGCUAAGGGAGGAGGAGGACCGUGGCAUCGUGCGCAACAAGGUUCUCACCUUCCUGUUGCCGCGCGAGAAACAGCUCCGGGAGCACUGCAAGCGGCUGGAGGACCUGCUGCUGGACAGCGGUCGUGACGCCCUGCGUGCCACCAAGAAGAGCCAGGCUGACUGAGCCUCGUGGGUGGCACUAGCCAAGCACCAAGUUGAAGAUUUUUUUUAACGGAAGGAGAAACCCCAAGUCCCCACCCCCUUGCUUUCCCUUCCUCAUUUCCAUUGCUUUCCUUCUACCUAAAUAACACCUUGCUGAGAGGCAAAAAGACUUCAAUUUUUUUUUUGGUGAAAUUCCAUUUAUCCAGCAUUCUAAAGGAAGGAGGCACCCCAGUACUGAGUCAGGCCCCUGUAACUUUCACUUGAACUGUUUUCCUGUUUGUAACGGUACUAUUGCUCAAUGUAUACCUCUUUAUUUGUAUAGUAUAUUCUUAAACUGAUUGUGUUGAACAUUCACCUUUUUUUUUUUGAAUGAUUCGAGGCUUUCAUGAUUUGAGACUUAACACGUGGUCAACUGAUACCACAUCACGUAACACAUGAUCUCCCCAGAGGGGUCGGACUGCUUGCCCGUGCACUAACACUACCCCAGAUUGCUCUGUUUUUAGUAUUCUAACCCUUGUCUGUAUGGUCUUUCUGUCUGCCUUUACUCUUAGACUGUCACAUCUCACUUUUCUUUGCUGCCUCUUUCUACCUCUACUUCCUUUCCAUUUAGACUGCAGACUGGCCAAUUGGAAUGACAGAGCUUAUUGGGACCGUGUGGGUGGAACUCGCUGAGCUCUAGCAACCGAUAAUGCAACACCUCUGAGAUGGGACUAGGAAGUGGGGAAACUGAUUUCUGUGUUCGAUCCAUGGAGCAGGAAUUAUUGUCACAGUGCCUGGCCAUUUAUCAGGCAACACACACAUACCAUCCCACUUACUUCCAUAGGCACCUUGGAGGUGAGUGUUGAUUUUCCAUGGUUCACACUGGGAGACUGGCCGCAGGAAGGCAAGUCCAGUACCCAAGGUCUGCACACUAGUAAGUGGCAGGGCCAUGGUUUAAGUCCAGGUCAGCUGUGCUCAUUUGCAUCCUGCUGCAUCCUUCUCUGCUCCCCAGUUUUGGAACCACUUCAGGCUGUUCAUGGACGUGUUCUUCUGGAAGGCUGAGGUUGUCACAUGGGUGACUUGGGAGUUCAUUAGCUGACACUAUACCUUUUAUUUCCAAUUAGUCUUCUACUUCAUCAAUUCAUAUAUCUUCUCUCUGGCUACCCAAAUGCUGCCAUGCAGCAGGGA